GUAGCCCACGAGACCGAGUCCAAGAAAAAUAAAGAAAAUAAUGGCCAAAUAAACGAAGGACAAACCAGGCAGCAACCAACGGAGUAACUAUGAAGCCUUCGCCAUUCGCCGUCGACAUUCCGACGCAUCCCGCAAGCUAGGCAGCAACCCGCAACCGCCAACCCCCGAAUCGAUAAAGCCGUUCAAUCCACGCCAAGGCGCCGACCACUGCAGUGCCCUGAUGAUCGUUAACUGUAUCAAGAAUGUGGCGUAAUCGCGGAAGCCUGCUGAGGAGGGCCUCGCUAGGCCUAACCAUACCCGCCUACUCACCAUUGUCCUCAUCGAACAAAAUUGGCACAACCAGGCGUCUCAUCAUCGGCUCGAAUGCGGCAGCGUCAAGUCCCAGCGUAUCGAUAUGGAGGCGCAAGAAGGAAAUUGGGAAAGAAGGUUUAAUGGUGGCCAAGGAGCUCAAACGGUUACAGCCGUACCCGAUCCGUCUCGAGCUUUUCAUGAACUCAAGGGUAUCUCGGCUUCUCAAAUCUGAUAUUGUCGCCGUCCUCGCCGAGUUCCAAAGACAGGACCUUGUCUUUCUUUCCAUGAAGAUGUAUGAGGUGGUGCGGAAGGAGAUAUGGUAUCGACCAGAUAUGUUUUUUUAUAGGGAUAUGCUUCUGAUGCUUGCAAGGAACAAAAGAGCUGACGAGGCAAAGAAGGUGUGGAAAGAUUUGAAGAAUGAGGGAGUUCUUUUUGACCAGCAUACAUUCGGCGACCUCGUGAGGGCAUUCUUGGAUGGUGGGUUGCCUGAGGAGGCAAUGCAUGUUUAUGAUGAAAUGAGAACCUCCACUGAGCCCCCUCUAUCUUUGCCUUACCGAGUUAUUUUAAAAGGGCUUCUUCCUUAUCCCGAUUUGAGAGAGAAGGUUAAGGAUGACUUUCUAGAACUCUUCCCAGGGAUGAUCAUUUAUGACCCUCCUGAAGACUUGUUUGAUGAUGAAGACCUGAGAAGUGAGAGCGAGGAGGAUGAUUGAAAGGGCUUCUUCCUUAUCCCGAUUUGAGAGAGAAGGUUAAGGAUGACUUUCUAGGACUCUUCCCAGGCAUGAUCAUUUAUGACCCUCUAUGACCCUCCUGAAGACUUGUUUGAUGAUGAAGACCCGAGAAAUGAGAGUGAGGAGGACGAUUGAUUAACACAAUAAAACAAUGGAUUUUAUUUUACUUUGGGGAAAUUUUUCUGUACAAGUGGGUUGUCAAAAUGCACCAAAGUGAAUGCCUAAAGCUCGGGGUGAGCACAGGUAAAUUUUAAAAGAGUAGGAUCGGCGUGUCACGUGUGUUGGUUUGAUCUGAGUUAUCGGCUCC